AUGGAGUCAUGGCGGGAACGAGGGUUUGUACCGGAUUCGGACGACGAGGAUGGAUUCGACAGCGAGGAGAAGGAGGUGACCCUGGACACCGCUACGACUCGUGACAGUAAUGUCGCUAUUGUUGUUAGCGCCUUGCAGAAGGAGGACUCUGUUGAAUUGGCUGAACAUGAGGGGCAUGAGAAAGAUACCGUGAACAGCCAACGAAGAGACGACGCUCGCGAUAAUAACUAUGAGGACAUGGAGGAAGAACCAGAUGCUGUUGUUGCCAAUGGAGAUAUGCUUGCACCAGAUGAUGACGACGAGGUCGAUCUGCUACCCUUACCUUUGCCGCACGAACGGCCGCGGACACCGGACGAUGAGGUGGGACAGGGUCGGGAAGGUACUGUGGUGAAAGAUAAGGGCACUAUACAUCGGGAAUCUUCAAGAUCUCGGACACCAACCGACUUGCCUACGGUUACCGAAAAUGAUCCGUCGUCGACGCCGCGGCCUAAGCAGCAACGGGAUUUCUGGGAUAUUCCCAGCUCUUCUCAGGAUCAAUUGCAGCUUGACCGCCAUCCCUGGCGUAGACAGACCUCCCCAGCGAGUAUACCUACACCAAAGGCUCAAGAGGCCAGCCAGCCGCGCCCGCAAGACGAGAAUGUGCAAAGGGAAACGGAAAGCUCUCCUUUGUCGUCCCCAUUAUCGUCCCCUCGCUCCUCGAUACUGGACGAGUUUGAGCAGCCCGAGCAGCAACAGAGAAUUGAAGAGUCAAACCCGACUCUUGAAGAACGGUUGCCCCCUCUCGAAAUAUCUGAAGAUUUACAACAGUUGGAGCCGUCAAGGAGAGCGUUUCGACAGCGCAACCCCAUUCAACUCCACCCCUAUGUUCUUGAAGAUGCCAAAUACCGAACGCUUAUGAAAGCCAGGGGCCUCAAACCCGUGCCCAUUCCGCGGUUCUCAUCACCCCCUCGCGCUGCAGCCGAUGAGAGUCAGGGACAAGACCUGAGGGACGAUGCGGGCUCAACUUCAGACUCGCAAAUGACAGGGCUUCAGUAUAUUCCGUCGUCUCCUCUAGAUACUCGAGAACUAUUCGGACUAGCGCCGAUAGACGGCAUGCCUGAAAAUGGCGACAGACAGGCUCGUCAGCAACGGAAAGACUACGCAAAUCAUGCUGGGCCGCGCUCGCCGAAAAGGCGCAGGGUAUUAGGACCUGGAGAUGAACGCCAACGGCAGAGGCUCCGUCCAGUCCCUCGCCCAGCUCCGCCGCAGGUUGUUAUUGAUAACGUAUCAUCCUCAAUACCCGAUGCUUCCUCAAUCUUCGAUGUUCCCAGCCCUCCUCUCUCGGCCAGUGUCUCCUCCCCACCUGUGCAGAAAAGUAUAGGGCCUCGAGUUCCCCUUGAUUCGCCGUCGCCUGUCAAUACGCCCAGGGCAGCAAUGGAACGGACCGAAAAUAUCAAUGAAACUAUCGUCAUAGACGAAGAUGAAAAUAGACUCGGUCAUGAAUCAGACGACGCCCGGACCGUUAGAUCAGCAUCGCCUAGUGACUCUGAUCUGGGCGGCGCGGAAGAGGAAGAGGUAGCGGAAGAUGCACAGGAGGCGAUUGUGAGGAGAUACCAGAGAAGAAUUAAAGGCGUUCUCCCGGCCUCAUGGCUACGACUGGACCAGCAAAAGCAGAAGGGAGUUCCAGGUGCCACGCAGCGGCAGAAUGAUAGGACGAGAAGACUCGAGACAGAAGCUGCCAAAGGUGUCGCGAGGAAGAUCACGAAAAAGCCCACCUUCUCGGUACCGUCCAGUGCAAGGGAUGGACUGUCGUCUUUGAGACACCUUGCAGAGGAGAGUGACCAGGAGGGCGACAUGUCCGAUGACACUGACAGCAUAAGAAAUCCCGAACAGGACCUAGCCAGAUGGUUUGGGCUUGAAGACUCGGCUCUUCAUCAAGAACCUUUAUCCGAUGGUGACAUACCUGAAGAUAAUCAGAUUGACUAUAUGUUUCCAACGGCGUCCCGCAACCAUACUUCUGCAGGUCGAAAGCGUGUCAAAAAGCGCAGCAGGCCGGAGGCUGAUGGAAUGCGGCCUAGUGGUGAAUCGAAGAAGCCACGCCUAAAACGACAGGCAAGGCUCACGGACGCUAUCUAUAGAGGGCAUAGGAAGAAAAAGCCGUCCCAGAGCCUUCCUAGACUGGGUAUCCUGGAUGCUCCGGACGUUGCAUCAAAGUCACGACAAGAGCAGCCGCAAUUUUUGAGGAUUGCCGCCAGAAAAGCACGUUCUCGCCAAGAUAAGGGGAGACGUAGUCCGUCUCGCAAGGUAAUCAGGCUAAACUCUAGGUUCGAUACGGAAGAUGCCAAUGCCUCGUUGCGCGAAUGGCGUUCAGGGCGAAUGCGACAGACGACCUUGCCCAGGGUGCCGAGUCAAACCCCUCGAAGGCAGCCCUUGAGAGAUCUGUCUACCAACGCAAGACAGGUCUUCAACGGGCUGAACGCUAAAAGGACGAUGGAGCGCAAUGAGAGUGGAACUCGACAAGCUGCUCCAAGGGGGAACAUCAGCGCUGCGACGGAGAACGUUUUCACAUCAAAUGCCACCUCCACUGACAGCCAACGAAUGACCCUUCUAGAAAAUGACAACACUGUGGAAGAGAAUGUCCCGACGAUAAAUGCGCCUCCGGACCCUCGAUCAAACGCUCAUGGUGCUGCGACCAGACCUAUACAGCGACGGCAGGGUAAUGCCUGGAUCAUCCAACGAAACCUCGCUAUAUCGUCUUUGAGCAGGAACAAUCUACGCCCUGCGGUGCCGGAAACCGAAAGUCAUCGCAUCAUUGCAAGGCCGCCUUCGUCGCUGCAGAGGUCGCUUGCCUUGUUGGCUCGCGAUGAUAGAUUGCCUUUGAACCGAUAUCUUUCUGGGAAAGAAAGGCAUUCGGACUUCUCGAGUCGCACACAGGGUCACCCUCCUCCCGAGAUUGCCCCUCCAGCGAUAAAUGAAAUCGACAAACCGAACCCUCCGGUUGCUGGCUCAUCACGACCUCGUCAAGUGAAGAAACGACAACCGAGACGCGUUGAUCUUACGCAUAUCGAAGACUUUUUCUCUCCAGAAGUGGAAACCGCGGAAACUCCUACUCAAAGCACGGAAAGAUUGCCUCACAGCAGGAGCGUUGGGCAAUUGAAUCGCUUCCGAACAGCAUAUUCCGUCGAUUUCGAUGUCAGUCCUCUACAAGCUGGCACAUUUUUCCACGAGUCCACUCUCAUUGGAAGCGGAGAGUUCUCUCGAUCCCUCGAUGUUUCCAGACGAGACCUUGACAAGGGCAGCGGCUUCCUUCAAUUACAACUUGGUGACGAGCGUAUGCGAUGGGGCGCCUGGGAUGACUCGGUCUCUUCCCAGCUUGGCAUCGCAUUCGACAAGAUCCUCGAGUCCGCGGGAGCCAGCAAGCCUGGUGAAGAUUCUGCAAACACUUUGUCGAGCAUACCUGCUGGGCAAGAUACAUACAGAGCUGUGAUCAAAUAUGUGUCUGAAACUUUGUCAUUCGUGGACCAAGUCGAUAGAGCCGGCUUCGUGACAAGGGCGAAUGGCUUGCUCACAAAACUCAUGGAAGAAUUGUCAAUUAUGAUUUCCGCCACUGAGUACGAUACAGAGCAGCUAAUGAAGAUCGGUUCGCACAACGUCGUGUUCGCAAACCAAGUUUGUCAGAUUGCCAGCCAUAGUCUUGUGAAUCAGUCUAUCCAGAUUGAGGUACUUAACCUGACAAAGUCCGCCUCAAGACAAGUUAUCACCCUUAUAUCAAGCCAGACUGGGCAAGCAUGUCUUCGCAGGUUCCUCUCUGUGAUUAAGCAGCGGAAACUACAGGAAGAGGGAAUCAAGAAUGAUCAUCCGACUGUCGAGGCCUACGUCAUUGUUCGGCACGUAUUGUCUAGCGCUGACAGAUUUAGAGGCUGCCUGGAGGAUUAUGUUGCAAGUGCUUGCUCAUUGAUGGACCCCAAAAGCACUGAGAAAGACAUCGAGAGCCUAGAAAGCGGCUGGCAACAGGUUUUUACAACUCUUCCUCUGCAGGAGAUUGAUGCUCUUGGGAUCUCCCGCGUUGGGUCCCGCUUCCAGGGGGGCAAUGAGAACUGGGUAGCUGUGAAGCAGCUACUGCGUCCAGCUUUCGAGAGCGACGAGGCGAGCUCUGGAUCCCGGCCUGUCUCUUACUAUAGUUACUGCCGGGUCCUGUUCCACAGGUGUUUCAUUCUCAUCAAUGACUGGGGCUGGCGCGAUUGCAAGGUAAUUCUCGACACUCUAUAUGACUUCUUCGCCAAACGGACUCUGCAUAAUCUGGAUUCGGAAGAGAACCACAAGUCGCCCGCCUUCCUGGACGAGCUUGAUGGCAAUCCUUCCUUCCAGGUCUUGCCAGGUGAUCCGUGCUUUCAUAUUCUACUAAAGAUACUUGCAAGCGGGCUCCGGUUCCUCACAAAAGCGCACGAUACGAAGAAGAUCCGGAACUAUACUUGGCGACUGUUACCAAACCAUGGGCGGGAUUAUCCCAAAGAACAGCCUGUUCAUCGAUCAGACUUGGAUGCCCUGAGAAACCAUCACGAUCUUCUUUGCACCUUGUACUCGUCGGUUCCUGAUGGAUGCCGCCCUCGGCUGGGAACUAUUAAAGAACUCAUCCAUCCUGCUACUUCCCACCGCGAGACUUGCAAAAUUAGCCUGCGAACAUGGACACGGCUUGCCCGAUUCAAGCUGUCCACAAAGGAGGAUAUAUCUGGAUUGGAACCCUUCGCUGAAUGGCAUGGCUACUUUGUCACCGAGUUCUUGAAGCAGCACAGCCUGGCUCGAAAAGAGAUUGAGGCGCAAAAUGACGACAGCAAGCGGUUUUCGCAAGAGCUGAUCGAUCGCACGGUUGUCCAAAACCAGCGGCAGAUUGAGUCUCUUUUGAAGACCGCUUUACAUGGUCUCCAGAGCGUGAUCAAGUCCGCUCCUUCAUUAGAGCAUGCCCAGAAGAUUGUUUCCCAGACACCUAUCAAGUCAAUACUGGAUCUUUUCGAUAGCCGGACUGUUCGCUUGAAUGCCACUGUGUUCGAGGGGCUGCAAGUCAUUAUCAUCUACCUUCAAAAGUGCAGCUCGCUUUCAAGUUCAUCGACUGUGAGCGUGGGGAACCCCUCAAUCUCAGCGGAUGAGGACAGUCAAGACUAUGGGGACUGGGCUGACAUCGAGGCUGUGUACGGAUAUGAGCCUUCGCCAAUAAGCCCUGGGGUAGAGCAUGUGCAAAACGUAUUUCACCCUGCGGUAUCACGUCUGGUUUCGAACUGUUUCGGUGACGAUCGUUGUCCCGACGAUUCGAUCCUUGAAGGUGUCGUGGACUGCUGGACUUAUAUUGCACAUGUCCUUGUGAAGCAUAGAUUGCGGCGCUGGGACAGCUAUAUCAGUCCGUACGAAGCUGACUCUUGGGUGGCGCUUCGCUGGACAACCCAGACGAGGAAGUUUACACCGCAGUUUCUCGCCCAGUGUAUCGAGAAGGACGGUGAUGUCUUAUCAGAAUGUAAAGUGCAGGCUUUUGGAAUAUGGCUGUCAAGUUUGGUGGAACGCGUAUCGAUGCUGAAGUUUCAACACUGCUUCACAGAGGCCAUAUUGAACCGGAGCGCAGAGGAUCCCUUGCUGAGAAAUCUUCCAUUCUCUCGAGAUCGUAAAGGAGAAAGAUUCUCGAUAACGAUAAAAGAACUUAGCGAGCGCCGGCUGUCACUAAUAUCGUCUCUUUUGUCGAAUAUGCGCGUUCACGUCCAAGACCUCGACGAUGCAAAAUCUCGAGAGCUCUCCACCACGCGGCAAGAUUAUAGGGAGAUUAUCCAGAAAAUGAUGUCGUCCAUGAAGUCCAAUUACCAGGAGCUGGGUAAUGGCGAAACGGAGGUCAAAGGAGCUUACGUCGCUUUUGUCCAAAGAAUAGUCGGCUUCCUGCAGCAACACACAAGGGAUAUCUGCCCCAUUGACCCGUUCUUCACAGAUACAGCUACAUUUCCCCUGCCAUCCAAUGAUCCACUUUACAUCGUUGCCAGGCUGAAGAGCUACGAACCCAAGCUAUCCUCCGCCAAAGUCACCAAAGCACUCAUUGUAUUUGUCCAAGGUGUUUCGGAACGUGCCGCCAUUGACGGCGAGCAGGUGUACCUCGUCGACCAGUUGAGUAAAUCCAUGGAAAAUGCAUAUGAGACUGGAAGCCCGGACCAGCCUACUCUGCGGGCCACUCUUUUGCAAGGUGUCUUCCCUGCGUACCUUGCAACGGCCUUCAGCAAUGGAGCCGCAUGGAUCCUGAGCCGCCCAAUCAUCAAGACUAUCGCUCGAGUGUUCAAUGGGCUGCUUGUCAAUAUGGACGCCACAGAUCCAGACUGCGUCUCAUCCAUCUUGAACAGCGCUAGUGCAACCUUGGAGUCUUCGUACAAAGCUCUCCGCCGCAUAAUGACCGACACCGAUAUGCUCAAUCAACCCACCGUGCUGAUAACCACCACCGCUUUCCUUGAAAUGAUAACAUCCACCCUCCCGGUCAUCGACUACCUAGACCGUAUUGCCACAGACACGAAUUCAACCAAACAAGUUAUGGCCCAGAUCCGCGCCUUCCAGAUACUCGCCAUGUUCAUAGCCUCCCAACUCCGAACCCUACCUCAACAGACUGCACAGACAGCUCUCAACUUCGCCACGCCCCCGGGUGUUUCUAGCUUUGUCACUAGCGAUCUUUCAGCCAUUGCAACUCGCGAACUUGAAACCUACCUCAAUGAAAGCUGGUCACGACAUCAGGGCAAGUAUUAUUUCACCAGACGUGGAGCUCACGCGCCGCAAGAGAUUGAGAUCGAGGCUCCGAUUUCCGCGGAGCUAGACCAUUACCCUGAGCAGGGGCUGCUCAAUGCUGCAACGGCAUUUUUGGAAGCGCUGGGUCGCUUGGACUUGUUUGGUGAAGACGAAGAGGGAGAUAUGGUUGAUUACCCGCAGCCUGUCCUAUCCUGGAAGUGCAGUGACGAACUACUUGUUCUUUGA